AUGACAAGGCCGAAGACCAAUUAUAUUUUAACAUUAUUGGCUAAUUUCACCAUCAUAUCACUGGUCAUCGCAUGUCGCCACAUCAACGCUCCGAUGUACUUCUUCCUCACCCACCUGUCCUUCAACGACAUCCUUCUCACCACGACCAUUGAACCUGAAAUGCUGCAGAUUAUAUUGAGAGAAGGAAGCUCUAUAACCCAAGCUGGCUGCUUCACCCAAUUCUACUUUUUCUCUGUGUCUGCCACUAAUGAGUGCUUCCUCCUCACCGUGAUGUCCUAUGACCGAUAUUUGGCCAUCUGUAACCCAUUGCGUUAUUCCUCCAUCAUGGACCUUAAACUUUGUAAUCUUCUAGCAACUUCAUGUAUGAUAUGUGGGCUCCUUAUUUCCUUACCACAUAUUUCUCUUUUGCACAAAAAUACAUUUUGUGGGUCAAAUAUAAUUAACCAUUUUUAUUGUGAUCUUCUUCCACUUCUCAGUCUUGCUUGUUCAGACACCUCAGGUAAUGAAGUAGUAAUUGACGUUACCUCGGUCCCAGUGGUAUUUCUUCCAUUUAUUUUCAUCUCUAUGUCUUACAUAAACAUUAUUGGCGCCAUCCUCCGGAUCUCUACAUCAGCGGGUAGACAAAAAGCCUUCUCCACCUGCAGCUCCCACCUGACCGUGGUCUGUAUGUAUUAUGGGACCAUGCUGUUUAACUAUCUGGUUCCAUCAAAAGGACAAUCCUCAGGAUUACAAAAGUUCAUUUCUAUGUGUUACACGAUUGCAAUCCCAUUGUUGAACCCCAUUAUAUACAGUCUGAGGAAUCAGGAGAUGACAAGGAUUUUAAUGAGGUUUUUUUUUACAAAAUGA